GGUGCCAGCUUCCCUGAGAAAUACAGUGAACAGAUUCUGUGUGCUUGAAUAGAGAGUUUGACUGCAUGUCUUUUGCUUUAUUGUUUAUAUGCUUAUGUUCACAGCUAUGGCUUCAAAUGAAACACAUGAGAUUUGGGAAAUACUAAAACCUAUUGAUUUUGGUUUAAAUAAGACUCUAAAUGAGCAACCUGACUUUUGAACCCCACUGUACUUCUGAACCUAAGUAUAUAUUUUAUUACUCAAAAAAACUUAUUUGCAAUUCAAUACCCUUUUCAUCCAGAGGAGCUCAUCCUGGCAUUUUCCUUGUCGAUACUGAUGGGUCUGCUCAUCGGGAUUUUGAUUUUCCUCCUCCUAACAUGGAUGUCACGCCACAGAGCUUCGGUCAGGAUUACCAGACGUCAAAACCAGCAGUCCGAUUCUAAAAACUCUCGUAAUCAGCACUGCCAGCUCAGCCACUACAAAAGUCAUGGCGAAGGUGUGGAUAGGGCCGUUCUAAACCUCCACAGACAGACGUCUGUAGACCCCAACGAACUGCUGGGUCGAAGCCCCAGUUUCCAAAACUCCACUUUUCGGCCACCACUGAAAAAGACUAAUAAGACCAGUGAUGAUGCAGAUGAGGAUAACCAGGCUGCAUUGAUUCCUAACAUCUCAGAUCCAUUUGGUACGGUACCAGCAGAGUCCUUUUGGCUGGGAAAGGGCAGUCUAAGAGGUUUUUUACCCAGACAGACUCCACCACCUGCAUAUGACAGCGUCAUUCACAUCUUUCAAGAGUCCCGUACCUAACUGGACUGUGGCAGAUUGCACGAACUAUGACAACAGAGACUAAGGCCUUGCAAAGGAUUGUACAUACAGUAAAUCACUAAACAUGGUUUUAAUGUGAAAGACUGGAGCAUAAGGGGGAAAAUACAUAUGACUGGAAUCUUCACACUACUCUGCUUUAUCUUGUUCCAUCUAUUAAUUGCAGAAUUGACAUGCAAUGGUUUAAGAAGUAGGAAAUGGCCAAACUGAACAUAAUUGUAUAUAACCUUGUGAACAAAAUUUGUGUGUACCUUAUAAUAAAUAACAGAUACUUUA